CUCGGUGAGAAGUCCGUUGUUGGCUAGAAGGAGGCAACCGCCGCUACCGCCAACAACUGAUCGGAACAUCACCACGCCGGGGGUCCAGAGGACUCGAGGCGGGCCAGGGAUCGAGGACUCGCCCCUCGCGGCGCGGAGUAAGAACCCACUGCCGCCCAUGCCACCCGUCGAGCCCACCUCAUCCAUGGCCGACGCCCUGCCGCGAUCAAGCUCGUCUCUCGCACACGACGUGGAAAGGGAGGAAACGCAGAAGAAGAAGGACGAUGCCGAGGAGGAAGAAGAACCACCUCCCACACGCCGACCACCACCACCGCCCGACGAGGCUGUAGGCCCAUCUGUACCGGCCGCCUUGACGCUCGAUCACCAGCAGCGCUGGUUCACCGGCUGGGGCGACGAUCCCACGCAAGGGUCCCUCAAGACGCCCAGCCUGGGCCUGAUCUGGACGACACAGACGGCAUGCCGAAUCGCACUGUACAAGGCGCCGCGCUAUGGACGGUCACGAUAUGCUGAGGAGGAAGGCGGCGGUGCGAUGAUCAAGACGUGGCGGCGAUGGUCCAAGAUUGUGUUCGCGCCUCAUGUCGAGGAGUCGGGACCCGGUCUGGAGGGGGCGACGGAAUUUGAGAUCAACAUGGGAGGGUUGAAGGGGAUUAUGAGGGGGUCGAAGAAGUAGAAGGGAGGUGGCAUGUAGCCAUCCACGGAGGAAAGGGUUUGAGGUGUAGCAGAUAUAAUGAUGCUAUGAGCAAUGAAAUUGGAUAGCAAGUGUG